AUGCAUUCACCAUCGUGGCAUUUGCCCCCACCAAACCCAACAAAGAAACGCAAGUUGAUCGGCACUGCAAGUAUCCAGGAGUGUAAUGAAGAUGACCAGCACCAAGAGCACGAAAGCCACCAGAACGAGACUGCCACUGCGCCUCACGAUAUAGGCCAGGUCGGCCAGCAAUAUGACCUCCCGGGAGGCUACAAGCUCGCAGUGUUUGCUCUCACAAAAAACCCUCGAUAUCAUAUAAAGGGACUUGUUAAGGGCCUGCUGAAGGCAUGCGAGGACGAAAUCCGGCUGCGACAUACACUCACAAAUGAGGCGAACGCGCCCCCGCUGCGCCUUGUUGUCCGGGCUGUGAAAGAAACCAACGGCGCCUACUGGCUGAAGCAGGAGUUCUAUCCAGUGGGUAGCCGGAAAUUCCCCAGGGAACGUGGCAUCCAUCAUUCGAAGUUACAUUGUGGGCGAUGGCUCGAGAGUUGUAACCGAACAUCGGGUUGGCAGUCAUGGCAUUGA